AUGAUUACCAACUUUGCGUGGCACCGCCAGGUCAUGCACGGCAUCUCGGUCCUGUCGCUCGCGCGCCUCGCGUCGGACCGGGGCACGCCCGAGCAGCGCCAGGCCAUCUACGAUGCGAUCCUGCCCAACCUCCUGUCCGAGGACGCCCAGCUGCGGCGCGCGUCGCUCGAGAUCGCCCUGUCGCUGUUCCCGCCCGCCGAGGCGCCCGUCGCGGCCGACCUCGUCGCGCGCUGCAUCGACGUCGAGGACGCGCCGGCACGACCGAGGACGUCAAGCCGGCGCUCGACAUCGUCUUGCGGUACCUCACGGGUGCGUCGCCUCUCUCUCCCCGAUUCCCUCUCCUUCUGUGUCGCCUCACUGACGCUCGCACCGCUCGCAGCCAUGUGCAAGGUCAAUUUCAAGCCGAUCUGGCCCGAGGCGACGGCCUCGCUCGCGCUCCUCGCCGGCCGGUUCCCCGACCCCGUCUGGGCCACGUGCUCGCGCCAGCUCCUGACGGUCGCGACGCGCAGCUCGGACCUGUACGUCGCGCGCAAGCCCGACUGGGCCCUCGGCGGCGGCGCGGCGGGCCCGGCGGGCGACGAGCUCGUGUUCGAGGAGCAGGCGUUGCGCGACUUCCAGGUCGAGGACCGACGACGGGCCGCACGGACGUUGAGCUCACUCUUUUCUCGUCGUCCUCGUGUGCAGCUCCAGGUCGCGCCAGAACGCCUCGUCAUCCACAGCUACGAGGCGCAGCUCCUGUCGCUGUUUUGCCAGAUCCCCGACCUCGCUCAACGGCACAGCCGCGACUUUGUCGAGGUCUUCCUCGGGUGCUUCCAGCGCGACGACGUCAUCCCGGACAAGGCCGACGAGGCGCCAAAGUACUUCAACGCCGACGAGAACGCCAAGGAGCGCAAGGCGCGCCUCCUCGGCUGGCUCGCCCUGUUCGCCAAGUUCAGCAACCCCAAGGCGUUGUACCAUUCGGCCGACCUCGUCAACCAGUUCCGCACCCUCCUCGCCUUCCCCGACGCCGACAUCCAGAAGCUCGCGCUCGACUGCCUCCUGCGGUGGAAGGUGCCCGCCGUCACGGCCAACUCGGACCGCCUCAAGAACCUCCUCGAGCCGACCAAGCUCCGCGACGGCCUCCUCGAGUUCGUCUCGGACACGGACGCCGGCGGCCUCGACCCGCAGCACCGCGCCGACGUCGUCCCUCUCUUCAUCCGCAUCGUCUACGGCCUCAUGACGUCGCGCCUCGGCCGCGCGAGCGCCAGCUCGGGUCAGGGUCGUGCGGGCCGUCGUGCCGCCAUCCUCGGCGCGCUCCGCACGUGCUCGGCGAGCGAGCUCGACACGCUCGUCGACCUCCUCCUCGGCCCGCUGCGCAAGGUCCUCGUCACGCCGCCAGGCGAGGCGUUCCGGUUCGCCGACGCGCCGCCGCACGUCCCGGGCAAGCGCCAGCUCGGUUUCCUCGGCCUCCUCGCCGACGUCGUCAAGCACCUCGGCAAGGACAUUGUCGGCCGGUGGCCCGACCUGCUCGGGGCCCUCCUCAACCUGCUGCACUUUGCGCAGAAGGGCCUCGAGGGCGACGCCGUCAAGCCCGAGGAGGCCGUUGUCGACGACGACGCGGGCAAGGAGGACGAGGACGACGAUGUCGAGGACGACGAGGGCGCCGAGGUCGAGAACUCGCCGGCGCCGCUGCGGCACAUCCGCCAGACGGCGCUCAAGCGCCUCGCCGACUUCUUCAAGCUCGAGGUCGACUUCGACUACCGCCCGUACGUCGCGGCGGCGUUCCCGUCGAUCAUCUCGCCGCGCCUGCCGACCCUCGCAACCGAGAACGCCCAGGCGCCGUCGGCCCUCCUCGAGCUGUUCGUCACGUGGAGCAAGCGCCGCGACCUCAUCCCGCUCCUCGUCGAGUACGACCCGUCGCUCCUCCCGUCACUGUACGGCGUCCUCACGGUGCGCAACGUCAAGCCGACCGUCGUCCUGCGCGUGUUCGACCUCGUCGGGAGCCUCGUCGAGUUCUCGGUCGAGGACGGCGGAGAGAAGAGCAAGAUCGGGCGCGAGGUCAUCAAGCCCAGCGUCGACGUCCUCCUCGUCCAGCUCGGCGGCCUCAUCGCCGUCACGUCGUCGUCGCUCGACGCCAAGGGCGAGGUCGCGCAGCGCCAGAUCGCCCUCCUGUGUUCGCUCGCGCCGUACGUCCACUCGCAAGAGCAGGCGACCAAUUUCCUCGCGCUCGCGACGCCCCUCUUGCGCAAGACGAACAAGGCCGUCCCGGAAAAGGUCAAGACGGACCUCCUCAAGAUCGUCACGGCGCUGUACCCGCUCGCGCGCCCCGAGCCGGGCACGCCCCUGUACGACCGGUGCUCCGAGGUCAUCUCGCAGCUGUUCUCGAGCGCGCGCGGCCGCAACGCGCGCCUGCAGCUCGUCGCCGCGUUCAACUCGGUCGCGUCGGUCGACGACUCGUACGCGCAGGUCGCCUACCUCGUCGACGAGCUCAACUCGUACUCGGUCAAGCGGUCCGAGGAGCCCGACUUUGACCGCCGCCUCGCCGCGUUUUCCAAGCUCAACGAGGACCUGUACCGCACCCUGCGCCCGGCCGACUGGGUCGUCAUCCUCAACAACAUGCUCUUCUUCGUCCAGGACGCCGAGGAGCUGUCGAUCCGCAGCAACGCGAGCUACGCCCUGCGCCGGUUCAUCGAGGUUGCAGGCCCGAGCGGCGGCGACGAGGCGCUGCGCACGAGCCUCCUCCGGACGUUCCUCCCCGGCCUGCGCAAGGUCAUGCGCUCCAAGCUCGAGAUCAUCCGGUCCGAGGUCAUCGCCGUCCUCGGGCACGCCGUCGAGCAGGUCGAGGGCGUCGCCGAGCUCGAGCAGCUCAAGGUCCUCCUCGUCGGCGGCGACCAGGAGGCCAACUUCUUCAACAACAUCCUCCACAUCCAGCACCACCGCCGCACGCGUGCGCUCCGCCGCCUCGCCGACGCCGUCGAGGCCGGCGAGAUCAAGAGCAAGGCCAUCUCGGACCUGUUCCUGCCCCUCCUCGACCACUUUGUCGUCGGCUCGGACGACAAGAAGGACCCGGACCUCGUCAACGAGACGGUCCAGUGCUUCGGUCGCCUCGCCAAGCACCUCGCGUGGUCGGCCUACUCGAAAUGCGCCCACCACUACCUCAAGCUCGCCAAGGAGGUCGGCGCGGCGCAAAAGGCGUCGGUCCGCACGCUCGUCGCCGUCCUCAAGAGCUUCCACUUUGACCUCGAGGCCGAGGCGCAGCCGCUCGAGUCGACGACGGGCCGCCUCGUGCCGCAGCUCCUCGCCUACCUCGAGCGCCGCGAGGAGAGCGACCAGGAGAUCCGCAUCCCGGUCGCCGAGGGCAUCGCCGCCGUCGUCCAGCACGUCCCGGGCGAGGCCAAGCACGUUCAGGAGACGGCCCUCCUCAUGGUCCUCGCGCAGACGUUGCGCUCGCGCGACCAGCACGUGCGCGACCUCGUGCGCAACACGCUCGCCAACAUUGUCGUCGCGACCGACGGCGACCUCCUGUCGCGCACCGUCAAGGAGCUGCGCAAGGCGCUCGCGCGCGGGCCUCAGCUGCACGUCCUCGCGUUCACGGUGCACGCGCUCCUCGUUCGCCUCGCCGAGACGCCUGACAAGGUCGACUUUGACGACGCGCUCGGCCAGGUCGUGCCCGUCCUCGACGACGACAUCUUUGGCGCGCCGAGCAAGGACCGCCAGUCGCCCGAGUUUCGCGCCAAGACCAAGUUCCGCGAGGUGCGGUCGUUCAAGUCGCUCGACUCGGUCCAGGUCCUGGCCCGCGUCAUCUCGCCGACCAAGAUCGCGUCGCUCCUCGCGCCCUUGCGCGGCAUCCUCGGCUCGACCGACGCCGCCAAGCCGUUGCGCGACGUCGAGGAGGUCUUCAAGGCGCUCGCGAUCGGGCUCACGGCCAACCCCAAGCUCGACGCGGUCGGCACGCUCGACCUGUGCCACACCCUCAUCAGCCAGAACGCCGACUUCCUGCGCGUCGUCAAGGAGGUGCGCCGGCACAACAAGGCGGCGCCCGACUACCACGUCCAGCUCGAGCGCAAGCAGGACGAGUCGCGCGACUACUACGCCAAGAACGCGUACCGGUUCGUCUCGUUCGGCCUCGAGCUGUUCAACUCGGCGUUCCGCAAGAGCGUGUUCGACCUCGACUCGGCCGAGGUCCUGUCGCGCCUCGAGCCGCUCGUGAGCCUCGUCGGCAACUCGCUGUACUCGGACGACCCGGUCGUGCUCGCGAGGAGCAUGCGCGCGACGGCGAGCCUCAUCCGCUGCCCGCUGUCGAGCACCGACAAGGCGGCGCCCGUCCUCAUCAAGCAGAUGCUCACCGUCGUCGAGCGCGCCGGCAGCACCGAGUCGGAGCUCGCCCAGUCGGCCCUGCGCACCCUGUCGACCGUCUUGCGCGACUGCAAGUCGGCGACCCUGUCCGAGAAGCAGCUCACGUCGUUGCUCGAGGUCAUCGGCCCCGACCUCGAGGAGGCCGACCGCCAGGCGACGCUCUUCCAGGUCCUGCGCGCGGUCAUGGCCCGCAAGUUUGUCGCGCCCGAGAUCUACGACCUCAUGAACAAGGUCGCCGAGAUGCUCGUCACCAACCAGUCGGGCAACGUGCGCGAGGUGUGCCGGGCCAUCUACCUCCAGUUCCUCCUCGACUACCCGCAGGGCCGCGGUCGCCUCAAGGACUCGCUCGCGUUCCUCGCCAAGAACCUGUCGUACACGUACGAGUCGGGCCGCCUGUCGGUCCUCGAGCUCGUCGCGGCCAUCCUCGCCAAGUUUGCGACCCAGCUCGUUCAGGACUCGGCCGACUUGUUCUUCGUCGGCCUCGUCAUGGUCAUCGCCAACGACGACUCGACCAAGUGCCGCGAGAUGGCCGCCGAGCUCGUCAAGACGCUGUUUGCGCGCGUCGAGAAGGACACGCGCGAUACGCUCCUGUCGAUGCUCCACUCGUGGGCGGGCAAGCGCGCUCAGCCGCAGCUCUCGCGCACGGCGAUCCAGCUUUUCGGCGUCGCCGUCGACGCGCUCGGCGACGAGGGCCGUGCCUCGGCGCCCGCCAUCGUCGACGUCGUCCUCGACAUCCUCGUCGACUCGGAGGAGCGGCUCGAGCAGGCCGAGGAGGAGGGCAGCGACGACGCGCAGGCGCUCCAGGCCGAGUGGCAGCUGCCGUACCAGGCGCUGCAGACGUUCGGCCACGUGUACAAGGCGUUCCCGGACCUCGUCUCGCCGGACAACAAGCAGCACUACUCGCUGUGGAAGGCCGUCCGCGGCCACCUCUUGUACCCGCACCUGUGGGUCCGCACGGCGUCGUCGCGCCUGCUCGGCACCCUGUACGCGGCGAGCCCGGCCGCCGUCGCCUCGACCGACUUUUCCGAGCACCACCCGCUCGCGACGGCCAACCUCCUCGACGCGGCGCAGAAGGCGUGCCUGCAGCUCAAGAGCCCGCAACUCGACGACGGCCUCGCGAUGCAGGUCGUCAAGAACUUGUUCUUCGCCGCCAAGUGCUUCGCCGCCCGCAUCGAGCGCGGCGCACCGGCCGCCGUCGAGGACGCCGACAACGACGAGGCGGCCGACGGCGCCGACGAGGCGACCGAGCACGAGCGCAAGGGCGACCCGCUGCGGUGGCUGUUCACGCGCCUGUCGUACCAGGCUCGGCAGGCGCACAUGCUUCGCCCGAGCAUGCACGACCUCAACGCCGGCCAGUGGUCGCGACAGCCGGCGACGAUCCUGCGCUGGUUCGCGGCCGUCAUCAGCUUCCUCGACGCGGCGACGCUCGAGCACUUUGUCAUGCAGAUGGCCGUGCCCAUCUUCCGCAUCUCGGAGGACCCGAACGCGCAGGACCCGCAGAUGGCCGAGCUCCAGACGCUCGCGCGCGAGGUGCAGGAGCUCCUCCAGAGCAAGAUUGGCACGACGGCGUACUCGUCGGUGCACAACGCGAUCCGGCAGCAGGCGGCAGCGCGGCGCAACGAGCGCAAGAAGCAGCUCGCGCAGCAGGCCCUGACGGACCCGGUCGAGGACGCCAAGCGCAAGGCCAAGCGCGCAGAGCUGCGCAAGGCGGGCAACAAGCGCAAGGUGGCGGCGUUUGCGGCGCAGAAGGAGCGCUUUGGCGCGGGCUCGAAGAGGAGGCGCGCAGAGUGAGCGGGUUGGCGCAGGAGGAGGAGGAAGGGCUCGGACCUCGCAUUUCUAGAUUUCUCUCAGCAUCGUCUCUCUCUCUCUCUCUCUCUCUCUCUUUGGCUGUUGUAGCAUCCCUCGUCGCACAAACUUGUCUUCCCU